GAAAAGUGGGUCAUCGUAUAUAAAGGAAGUUGAAGGCACCUGGCGUGUCCACUCUGUGCCCAGACUUUGCCGGUGUCGUUUCGUGCGAGUGUGCUCUUGUGUUGAUACAGUGUGUUUGGUGGUGACUUUUUGCCAGUGAGGGACUUACCAGUGACGCCAAGCAGGAUGAAGCAGAGGCAGGUCGUUGGGUGGGCGCUGCUGGCCCUGAUGGGCUGCUCCGCCGUCCUGCCCGGCCUGGCGCUGCCGCACGCAGCGCAGCACCCGCCGCUGCACCAGCUGCAGCACCGGCAGUACCCCGUGUACCAGCACCAGCAGCAGCAGCAGCUGCAGCAGCCACAGCCCCAGGCCGAGGCCCGCAAGUACGCCGAGAAGCCCAACGCUAUGAAGAAGGUGCCCAUCGACAACGACUUGGAUGACAUCCAAACCAACCAGAUAUCGCAGGAUGGCUUCUCAUGGAGCAGCAUGCUGAGCAUGAUCAUGCAGAUGCUCUUCAACGGCGGCGCCCAGGCCGGCCCCAGCAAGUCGGAGGGUCUGGAUGACGAUGUACGUCCAACUCCCACCACAACCACAACACCUCCACCUCCACCGCCCUCUAAAACUCACGACUCUUCAGACUAUGCACUCUCAAACAUGGCCCCGGCCUCACCCUGGGCCCAGGUCCUGCAGGUUGGGCUCAAGAUCCUUUCGCACUUCUUGGGCGGUGGCGCCGCUGCUGGUGACGGCAUCGACAAGGUGGACAACUCGUCGCCCAUGCAGGGUAUCAUCGCGGCCGUGCUUUCCACCGUGCUUGGGUCUAAGGAUCCCGACCAGGUUGCCACCAUGGCCAAGCAGGCCGGAGAGUUCAUCAACAUCGUCGUCAACCUUCUGGACGCCCUCAAGACCUCCUUCAGCCACCGCGCCAUCGCCGCCCGCUCAAUUGGGAAGAAGGACUCUGUGUCGGACGCAGCUGUCGCCGGCAUCAGCGUGCUCAAGGGCUACGUGAGGACCUACAAGACUAGCGACGACAACUGCAUGCAGAAGUUCCUGUGCGAGGCCAACAGGGAGUGCGCCGCCGACCAGCAGGGCUCGAGCGCCAUCUACUGCCAGCUGGGAUCGUACGCCGCCAGCUUCUUCCUGCAGAGGUCCACGGCCACGCCAUUCGACAUGUACUACGAGGCCGGGCGCCGGGGCAGAAGCCAGGCCGACUGCCAACAGCUGUACCUGCAGUGCAACGAAGUCUAGGCCCUUCGCGAGGACUUUGUAAUCAAUUAAUUUAUUAUUUAUUGAUGUGUUUUUUUGGAGCAAGACGAGGCGGCGGAGGAAAGUGUGUGCCGCCGGGCUGUGCUAAUCAAGAAGUGAGUGCGGGGGACGGCGUCACCGCCGCCUCCGAGUGGCGAGGUCCACUUGAAGACGACUGUGACACGGCGUGGAGAGAGGGGGACAUGUCACUGACAGCCAAAGGGAGGAGAGAUUAUUCGGUUUCAGAAGAGCGACGGCCGUUCGUAAAACGGCCUUGGAAAUGAAGUGCAUAUGCCCUGUCUUCUCUCUGCGCCAUUUGGCCUGAGAAAGGAAAGCCCCGUGGGCUUAGAAUAAAAGCAAGGAAAAUGAAGAGAAAACCAAAUUUUUAAACAGCGGCAUUUUUUUGCGACCGGAUAGGUGUUGUCCGGAUGAAUAUCUACAUGACGUAGAAUUUCGAUAUUUUAGACUUUUUUAAUUUUUGUAACAGACUGUGCUUUUCGCCUUUCUUUGAAUCUCAAUUCAUCUCCGUACAUUGUAACAUUCCCCCAUUGCACAAGGUGUAUUUAUUUAUUAUUUAUUUGAAUCGGCUACUGAAAGCCAAACCCGACAAAAAGAGGCGUUCUCUAUGGGGGGGCCAGCUGACGCUCGGGAGGGGGCAAAAGCGCGGGGAAGAUCCAGUCUCCACCGCAAUGAAAACAGUACAAAAGUAAUUUACUCUCGAUUUCUUAAUUACAUUCCGAAGUUUGGAUCUGUGGAGUCUGGGACUUCCCCUGCGCUCCCCCGCUGGUCCGGGGGUGACAGACGCGCCACACGGCGGGUCCAGGAUCCCUGGGCGUGACAGCGGGCCUUCCAGCGGGCCGAGCCUGCCCCACUCCAGGGCCCUUCCAUGGCCCUGGAGUGCCCCGGGCUGGAGGAGGCGCCCUCGCAAGUCUAGCUGUUGGCUGUGGCGCUGCGGCUGGUUACUCUGUAGGUGUUAAGUUAGCGUUAAGUCCUAGGUUUACGCUUGUCCUGUGUUGUUGAUACUUGUAUAGAUUUUAUUAUGAUAACUCCAAUGUCAUUCUUAUAGAUUUUACGCGAAUUGA